UCAAAAUGUGCCAAAUCCGAAGAUGCUGUUGUUGCAUUAAAUUGCACAAGGCCUGCUAUUUAAUCGCCGUGGUGGAUUUUUUAGUCAACGUGGUGGUGCUGAACAUGGCCGGUCAGGAGUUCAUCGCACACAUCGAGCAGGCGGUGGCCAUCUGUCACUGCAUUGGCUGCAUUUUCCUGAUGGGCGGAGCUCUACUCAGAUCGACCGUCCUGCUGAUGUUCUUCCUCAUCACCAGCCUGACCAACUGCAUCAUCCUCACGGUGUACAGCAUCUACCUGCUGGUUUUCGAAGAGCGAUACCGGGAGAUAAUUGUUCCAGCAUCGGCCAUAUAUAUCUGCUGUGGUAUAUACUUCUGGAUCGUCGUCUACUCGUUUUACGUUGAAGUUAGAAAUCAUAAUGAAGUCAUGGAAGUUUGAUGAUCCGUUUAAAAAUAGUCUGUAUUGAGUUAUGCAAGAGUUCGCAACCCCAAUAGCAUUUGAUUUAAUUGCUAUCCUUUGGUGAAAAUCGUACAUAAUAACAUAUAAAAGUAAUUCUUUAAUCAUUUAUUAAAACAAAAGUGGUGCUGUUCCCUAUAUCAGCAAA